GGCUUCAUAUUUCUCAAUUUAGGGUUUCUAUCUCUUCAUAACCUUAUUAGGUUCUCACCACGGAGAAGAGACAGUCUUUCAACCUCCCCUUGCUAAAACGUUUCGUGCAAGCUUGUGAUAGGCUCGCAAAAUGCCAAGAGGCAAAUCAAGUUCAUCCCAAGUGGCGAAGCCUGUGGAACCUGAAGAAAAGGUGGACCUUGAUGGAGACAAUGAGGAGCCAAUGGAGGAGGAAGUUGAGUAUGAAGAAGUGGAGGAAGAGGUAGAGGAGGAAGUCGAAGAAGAAGAUGAGGUGCUAGAAGAAGAGGAAGAGGUAGAAGAGGAGGAGGAAGUGGUUUAUGAGGAGGAAGAAGAGGCCCAGGUUCCAAGUGGGACUGAUGAGGACACAGGGUCUAAAGGCAAGGACGAGAUGGAAGUCAAGGAUUCGGUAGAAGACGAGAGUGAGGAGAAAAAACAUGCCGAGCUUCUGUCAUUUCCUCCACAUGGGUCUGAAGUUUAUGUUGGUGGAAUCCCUAAGGAUGCGACGGAGGAGGAUUUAAAGGGGCUUAGUUCGCCCAUUGGCGAGAUUUUUGAGGUUAGGAUUAUCAAAGGAAAGGAUGCCAGUGAGAAUAAGGGCUUUGCCUUUGUGACCUUCAAGACCAAAGAGUUGGCUGACAAAGCCAUUAAAGAACUGAAUCAUUCUGAAUAUAAGGGAAGAACAUUAAAGGUUUCUUCUGCUCAAGUAAAGAAUCGAUUGUUCAUUGGUAAUGUUCCAAGGAGCUGGGGACCAGAAGAUUUGCAAAAGGUUGUAGCAGAGCAGGGGCCUGGACUUGAACGCGUAGACCUUAUAAAGGAUGCUGAAAACCCAGACCGCAACCGUGGGUUUGCAUUCCUUGAGUAUUAUAAUGCUGCAUGUGCUGAAUAUGCGAAACGCAAAAUGUCGAAUCCCAAAUUCAAGCUUGACAACAGUGCCCCAACCGUUAGCUGGGCUGACCCUAAGAAUCAUGACAAUUCUGCUGCUUCUUCUCAGGUGAAGGCUGUGUAUGUGAAAAACUUGCCUAAAGGGGUUACCCAAAAUAAGUUGAGGGAGCUAUUUGAACGUCAUGGAGAAAUUACAAAAGUUGUUCUGCCAUCUGCUAAGAAGGGACAAGAAAACGCAAACUAUGGGUUUAUCCAUUUUGCACAAAGGGCAAGUGCAGUGCGAGCACUUAAGAAUACUGAAAAAUAUGAAAUAGAUGGCCAGGUUCUUGAAUGUUCACUUGCUAAGCCUCAGAUUGAUAAGAGCCCUAAUUCAGGCCUGAACUCACAUAAGGCUGGUUUGCUUCCAGGCUAUCCUAGCCGUCUUGGUUAUGGCAUGGAUCCCUACGGUGCUCUCAGUGCCGGAUAUGGUGCUGGGGCCUUUGGACAGCCUAUGAUCUAUGGUAGAGGCCCGACUCCAGCAGGUAUGACCAUGGUUCCGAUGCUGCUUCCAGAUGGACGGCUGGGAUAUGUCUUGCAACAGCCAGGUGCUCAUAUGCCUGCACCAUCACAACGAGGUGGUCGAAGUGGGGGUGGUGGGGGCUCAGGUGGGGGACGUAGACAAGGUGGUGAUGACAAGGCCCCUCGAAGGUAUCGCCCAUAUUGAUAUUUGUGGCUCCUUCGCUUUUACGUACACUAUCUUUGCAUCUCUCUGGCCCUACCUGCAUUAUAUGGUCUGAGAAAUGAGCAGCUUCUUUUAUGGGUCUCUCAAUGACCCCUGGGGACAAGGGGUUUGGAAUCGUUAAUACUAUUGGGGAUCCGUUUUGUGAAGAAUAUAUUAUACUAUGUUCUUAUUUGGGUGAUUAGUCUUGACCUCUCUCUGUCCUUUGCUCCCAUGUCUUUCGUGCUUGCCUUUCCUUCAGUCUGAAUCUCAGAACUAAAAUUGUAGAGAUAAUCAUGGCCAAUUCUAGUUGAGAUUUACAUACGGAAUUGCUUCACCUUUAGGCUACAUUAUUAUUUAGAUGAGAAAGUUUCAUAUGUC